CGCAGCCAUCAGGCUGGCACGCCCAAAUUCUCUUGAUGCAGUAGGAAUCUAUAAACGCUCUUGAAAUUCAAGCUUGCAAGGCACGCUUCUUCCUUCCGCCAUGUCAACCAGUGAAGAAGAAAAUGCAAGCAGGAGCGGAUCUGACACUUCGGCUGCUCAACAAGCCGAGGUCUUCGAGCGUCCCAAGGGAUGGAGACGUGUAGACUAUCACCCAAUCACACGGGUCUGUCUAAUGGGCUUUGUUUGUUGCAUGCGCCCGGGCAUAUUCAACGCCUUGAGCGGUCUCGGCGCUGGUGGUCAAGUCAGUCGUGCGCACCGCUCGGUUUUAAUAUACCCCGUAAGCUCGGUGCAUGACGUGCUUGGAUCUAGACUCUGCCUAGUUCUCGGAAUCCUCAGUCCACUGCGUCAUCUAUGGCAAUGAACAUCCACCAUGUGG